AUGCCGCCUCCAACAGAUCAAAUCGUGUCUGAACCCCCCGCUCCUACCGCAAUCGAUACUAAGUCUAACACUGAAUCGAACUACCCACGCAACAAUGAACUGGAGUCUCUGCAGUAUAAUAGGAAUGACGAGGAUUCUGAGUACCCCGAAGGAGGUGCCACGGCCUGGUUGGUCGUGCUUGGUGCAUGGUGUGCUAUGAUACCAUCUAUGGGUCUGCUCAACACCGUUGGCGUUCUCCAGGCAUGGGUCUCUGAGCAUCAAUUGCAUGGCUACUCGGAGUCAAACAUUGGUUGGAUCUUCAGUGCAUACGCAUUCUUCUUGUAUAUUGGUGGUGCACAAGUUGGACCAAUCUUCGAUGCCCAUGAUAUCAGAUAUCUCAUUGUGCCUGGCAGCAUUGGUAUUGUUGCAGCUAUAAUGUGCAUGAGUGUCUCCACAGAAUACUACCAACUACUGCUGUCCUUCGGAGUGCUUGGUGGAUCCUCAGCCUGCCUCUUGUUCACACCUGCAGUGUCCGUCGUUGGCCACUGGUUCUGCAAGCGUCGAGCUCUCGCCAUCGGCAUCGCUUGUACAGCUGGAGGACUUGGUGGUGUUAUCUUUCCACUCCUGAUUCUCUACCUUGCCCCAAUCAUCGGUUUCCCGUGGACUAUGCGCAUCGUCGGUUUUGUAUGCCUCGUCAUGUGCAUCAUUGCCUGCCUACUACUCAAGAAGCGACUUCCCCACAACAAGCAUGCCGGUGCAUCCAUCGAUCUCAAAGCACUUAAGGAUGCCAAGUACGCGCUCACUACACUGGCUGUGUUUCUCGUCGAAUUUGCCGUCUUCGUCCCAUAUUCCUUCAUUUCGCUGUACGCCAUCUACGCAGGAGUCGAACAGCAGAAGGCCUACCUCAUCAGCGCUCUUCUCAAUGUUGGCGCCAUCCCCGGACGUGCGCUUCCUGGCUACGUUGCCGAUCGCUUUGGUGUUUUCAAUACCAUGCUUGCAACAUCUUUGACAUGUGCCACACUUAUCUUCGCUUUGUGGCUUACAGCUGCACGGAGCGAGGCAGCUAUCACAGCUUUUGCCAUUGUGUUCGGCUUUUGGUCUGGUACUGCAAUCAGCUUGACGCCUGUCUGCGUUGGUGCAGUCUGCAAAAUCGAGGAUUACGGAAAGAGGAACGGCACUACAUUCUCGAUUGCGAGCUUUGCAGCGCUGAUUGGCAUUCCCGCCGCCGGUGCCGUUCUGGAAGCAAGCGGAGGAGUUUAUACAGGGCUGAUUAUCUUCGCUGGUGGUCUCUACCUCGCUGCUUUCGCCGUGUUUCUGGUGGCAAGAAUCGUGGGCUGGGGUCGGGACUGGAAGACAAUGUGCUAA